GACCCUGACCCAGAUAGAGAGAUAAUGAGAGAAAGUUCUUACGAUUACCCCAUAUGAGAGUAAUAACCAUUGUGGUUUGUGUACAUAUGUUAAGGAAAUGGAAAGAACUCCUACAAAGCAAAUCAAACAUCCGGAACCGCUGGUGUUCUAAUAAAAGUUUCAUCUUUCAUAAUACAUAAACAAAAAACCCAAACAUGGAAAAAUAAAACUAGCUAUAAGUGAGAAUUUAAGGCAUAUUCGGAAUUAUUAAAAACAACAACAAUAUUUGUUGCAUAUAAACCAAUAUAAUGAGAAUCAUUCCCGAAAGUGUAAAUUGCAAUAAAUGCAAGACAAGUCUCAAUUAUAUGAGUCAACCAAUCAAAUGGAAAAGGAAAAUAUUAAUUAUUAAUAAAUAAAAAAUAAAGAAAUUCAACGAAAAAAAGAAAAAAAACAAAAGAAAAGAAAGAAAUUAUAGGAAAAAAAUACUGAAAUGAAUAAAUUAAAACAGAUACAAGGCAAAACGAAAUCUUUCAUUGAAGUUUGAACCCAAAUGCCUCAAUCAAGAUCCUAUUAACCGUGAAGCCCAAAUUAAAAUUGGGAAAUAGACCAACCAUUGCCACAAUUUAAGAGCAUCUCCAAUGAUGGAUUUUUCUCCAAAAUAACACUAUUUUAAUUUUUUUUAUUACAAAAAUGGCACCCAAUUCACACAAAUUCUAAAAAUAACACCAUUUAUUAAAAACCGCACAAGGUGUGGUUUAUAAAGAAACCGUAGGCCGAAUGUGCGGUUUAUAGAGUAACCGCAUGGGGAAGCCACGGUCUCUACUAGGGAAGCCUGGGAACUGCAUAGGGAAGCAGCGGUUUCCGUAACUGUCGGAUCAAGGAGUGAUCCAACGGCGGACCGUGCGCCAACGCAUCUAUCUGCGUUCGGGAUUGUAGAUCGCAUGUCGACGGGGCGGUUUCUAGUCUCGAAAAACGCAAACCGUUCUCUAGGGGAGCGGUUUCUGUUAGGCAAAAAUAACAAAACCACACCUGGAGGGGGCGGUCCGAAUCCUAUAUAAACCCCCUCCCCCUCUCCAAUUUUUUCACACCAAAACCCAUUCUUCUCUCUCUAAAAUUAUAUCUCUAUCCAGCCUCCUCUCCCCCCAAAAACCUAGGAAAUAGUGGUCUGUUGGUUGCGGCUAAGUCCGAUCUGCCAUCAGGAAAUAUUUCUAUUCUCUAGAAGCUUGCGAAGUAGUGAGGAAUCCUCUAGAAUAUUCUGGAGAUGUAUGGAACCUUUGUGGAGUUGUGUAGAUUUCCCUACAGAAUUCUAGAGAAGAGAUAGUUGUAUGUAUAUAUUUUUGUUGAGGAAGAUAUUUGUGUGGAUAGUCCUGGAGACUCAUCCACAACCGUAGGAUUAAAUCAAUCCUAGCCAUCCAUUUGAGGAGGUGGAGGCUAUAAGGAGGAGAGCUCCUCAUUUGUAACCAUCCUAGCAAAAAAAAAAAAAAAAAAAAAAAAAAAAACAAGAAAGAAUCCACUUCUUAGAUGGAGAGAGUUGAGAGACUCUUUGAGAGAAAUGAGAGAUAGAUUGGGAAGUUCCUAUCCUCAAGCUUGAGUGAGCCACCAUAGAGUGAUUCAUUCUUGUAAACAUACUAUUCUUCAUUAUAGUAGAAGAACUCUUUGAAUUGGAGAAUUAUACUCUUGUGCUCCCAUUCCUAAAUUCCUAAGUGCCUAUCUUAACUUCACGAAGCAGGAAAGUCAUAGGUUUUUCCCAACCGUGGUAUCAGUGCACGAUUCAUCAAAAGCCAUCACUAGCUCGUGCAGUUCAAGAUGGAGGACAACAUCACUCAUGAUGGAGACAUGUUCAAGCUCAUACCAAUCAACUACUCCUAUUGGAAGCCAAUGAUGGAGGAUCAGGUAUACUGCAAGGAUUUACAUGUGCCUAUCAUCUACAAAGACAAGGUAGAAGGCAAGAGCGAUGCACAGUGGGAGCUACUAAAUCGGAAGGCCAUUGCGAUGAUCCGUAAGUAUAUCGACAAAUCCCUCUUCGAUCAUGUUUCUACUUACACAAUCAAUUAACUAAAAUUGAGAUGAAGAUUGAUGACGAGUUGCAAGCCCUUCUACUCCUUAGUUCCUUGCCUGAAAGUUGGGACACACUCAUAGUUACACUUAGUAACUCAGCUCCGGAGGGAAAGUUAACCAUGGAUGCCGUCAGUGAUAGCCUUCUUGGUGAAGAAUCAAGGAGAAUGGAACGAGGUGAGUCUAUCCAUCCCGAAGCUAAUAUUAUUGAGAACCGGGGUAGGAAUGAGACUCGUGGAUGUAGCAAGAGACGAGAUCCACAUCAAUCUCGAGAUAGAUCCAAAUCACACUCGAAGAUCACUUGCUACUACUGUGGAAGGAUGGGUCAUAGGAAAGUUGAGUGUUGAUCCUUCAAAAUAGACCAGAAUACCAGUAAUGUCAAAGCAGACCAAGUCGACCCAACAAAGAAGCGAGAAGAUAAGAGUACCACUGUUGUAGUCUCAAAGGAAGAUCUGCUAUACCUCGUUGGAGAAUGUAAUAUGCUAAAGGUUGCCUGUGAAUAGUUCUUGGAUUGUUGAUUCUGGUGCUUCCUUCCAUGUCACUUCCCAUAGAAUUUUCUUCUCAUCCUAGCAAAGUGGAGACUUUGGUAUAAUGCAAAUGAGAAAUCAAGAUAGGAGCCAGAUCAUCAGAAUUGGAGACAUCAUCCUGACAACAAGCACUAGUUCCCAACUUGCCCAAAAAGAUGUGAGGCAUGUCCCAGCCAUGCUCCUCAAUCUUAUCUCCGCUGGAAAGUUAGAUGAUGCCAGUCUAAUAAAUUACUUUGGUGAAGGAAAAUGGAAGCUCACCAAAGGAAGACCAAUCAUGGCUCGAGGGAAGAAGGAAGGAUCGUUGUACGUGAUGCAAGCUAAGCUAUUCAAAGGAGAGGUAAACAUAACCACUGAUGACAUGGAGGUAUGGCAUAAAAGACUUGGCCACAUCAGUGAGAAGGGUCUCAACAUACUUGUUCGGAAGCAUCUCCUUGCAGACGUAAAAGGUAAACAACUUGAUCCUUGUGCUCAUUGUUUAGCCAAAAACAACACAAAGUUGCUUUCCAAAGAUCUUCUCCACCCACAAGGAUAAAUAAUAUUCUCGACCUUGUGCACAUCGAUGUGUGCUCAAUGUCGGAUAAACCUAUUGGGGGUGC